AACAUGGCGACUUCGGGGAGUCCUUCAUUUUCGGGAAGUGUCCAAAGUUUUUCUUUUUCUUACCUUGAAUGAUUCGCAAACAGCAAGAUAAACCAUGAUCAAGUAUUUUGUGUGUAUGGCUGAGGAAAUCUUACGCAUCAUCUUGCCUAAAACUCACCCGUUUUCCACAUAAAAAUUAAUUUGUGUGGCUAGGAUUUUGUGUGAAGUUUGCAUAUUUAUUUGUUGUUAUUGAAAUUGAUAAGGCCACGUUUCAAAGUUGAAAGCAUAUUCCUGAUGUCUGAAGCUGAUUCAACGAUGCCAAGAACUAAGAAAUCUAUUGAACACACUGGAUUUAAAACGAUCGAGAGCAUUGGCAAACUUGUUCUGCACCUCAUUCUUCGGUUUUGGAGAGCGUGUAGUGCGGCUAUGCUAACUCUACUUCUUCUUUAUUGGUUAUACGGAGGAGUUGUUAGCUUUUUGCUGUUAACAGCAGCAGUGUUUGGUGCCUUAUACCAUUAUCAAGACACUUUGCUUUACUUCCCGGAACAACCUGUCACAGCAAGAGUGUACGUUCAGAACCCCGCUAUUCUGGGUUUACCAUUCGAGAAUUUGUUCAUCAAGACGCAAGAUGGCGUGAAUAUUAAUGCUAUAUUUAUAAAACAACCGCCUCAGUUUCAGAGCUCUGUUCCAACCGUGUUGUUUUUUCAUGGAAAUGCGGGAAAUGUUGGCCACAGACUAAUUAACGCAAAGAGCUGGCAUAAUUACUGUGGUUGUAAUGUGAUGUUGGUGGAGUACAGAGGAUAUGGAAAAAGUGAAGGCUCUCCCAGUGAAUAUGGUAAGGGAGUUGAUAAUGUGUAUCUACCACCAUUUAGAGUUUCUAAAGCUGAUGUUUAGCCCUCCGUUCUGAAGGGCUAAUGCUGGAGAUGUCAUCUUUAGAAACUCUUUACAGUGGCUAAUACAAUAUUAUCAAUAAAUUUAAAAAACAAACAUUUCAUAGUACCCCCACUGAUGCAACACUACAGUUUCUUUAGAAUCUUACUCCUUUUAACCUUUUACACUCCAAUAUCUGUAUCCAAUAUCUGUAUCCAUAUUCUCUCAAUACUCUUCACACAUUUCCUCUGCGGCACCAAGGAGAAUUACCUCUUUUUUUAAGUUGUAGUUUCAUGAAACACAUGUGUGUAUUUCCUUUGAUGGAUUGAUUUUCCAUGUGUGAAUUUUUUUAUACCUAAUAGGUUACUGUUCUACAAGCACAAGUGAUCUUUAACUCCUUCACUUGCAGAUCUCAUCAGUAAUUCUUCUUACUGUCAUCCAUACAAUUCUACUUGUGUUACUUCAGAGAAUUUGCUAUUGGGUCAGCAAAUAAUCCCCUUAAUUGAUGUUCAUCGUUAUUCUCAUUACUUGUCUGCUUAAUAUUGUAUUGAUGUUGUAAGGAGAAAUUCUGCCUUGAUCACUUAUGGAAGCUAAUUAAAGGGUUAAAUGCUGUAUGUAAUUCUUUUUUCAUCGCAGGGUUUGAGUUGGAUUCAGAAGCUGCCUUUUCUUAUCUGUUGUCGCGGACUGAUAUAGACACAAAUAAGAUUGUUAUAUUUGGACGUUCACUGGGUGGGGCUGUGGCUAUUGCUCUAGCGUCAAAUGAACUUUAUUUGGACAAAGCAUUUGCUUUGAUUGUGGAGAACACUUUUACAAGUAUUCCAGGCAUGGCAAAUCAACUUGUUAAUGGCCUUGGUAAACUACCUUACUUCUGUUUUAGAAACAAGGUAAUCUAAAAAAUGGUUUUUAGCCAACGAGUAACAACCUUUGUUAUAUCUCUUAGUUAGAAUGUGUGCUAUGAUUGGUCAACUGAGCAGGUCGUAUUUCACUGUAUGCCUUAUUAACCCUUUAAUUCCCAAGAUCUGAUUAUUAAUUCUCCCUUCUGGCUGCCACACAUUUCCCUGUAAAUUAGUUACAAGAAUUUGGUGUUUGAUCAGGGUAACAACUUCUCCCUGAUAAGUUUGAGUAUUCUUAUAACCUGUUUUGCUGGGAAAUGUUUGGAAAUUAUAGGGAGAAGUUACAUGUUAAUCACUUCUGGGAUUUAAAGGGUUAAAGUCUGUUUGAACUGAAAUCUUACCCCUUUAUUUGAACCCAGAGACAUAAUAAAUAUAUUACCAAACUCAUGUUCUCAGUUUCUACCUAAUUUUUUCCCUCAGAUUUAUAGCCCAGGCACUAGCUCUGACCAAGAGUUAAUGCUUGAAAUGUUAACCAAACUGAAUUAUCAUGCAAUAACCCUACAGAUAAAGCACCAGAAUUUCCUUCAACUUUUAUUUAAUUUUUAUACUGUUUGACAUUUAUGCCUUACAGUUUGAUUCCUUGAAGAAGAUCCGUAAGUCAAAAGUUCCAACCCUUUUUCUGUCUGGAUUGGCUGAUCAACUUAUCCCUCCAAGAAUGAUGACAAGCCUUUACAAGGUUUGUUUUGAUCAACCAUGAUCUUCUCUUCACAGCACCAGUAACAUUUUUUGUCAUAAAAUUGCAAGAAAGUCCAACAUGUUUUUAAAAGUUUACGGGACACACUAAAGAGUUAUGAUUUUUUGUAGCUUUUUUGAAGUGGAAUUAGAUGUCAACUAAACCUUUUGUUAUACUUUAACAGACAUCAGGAUCCUGUCUUAAGAAAAUGGAAUGCUUUGAUCGUGGAACACACAAUGAAACAUGGCAGUGUUAUGGGUACUUCGAUGGAAUUGCAAGAUUCUUAUGCGAGGUACUUGCUUGCAGACAAUUACCAUAACAUAAUCUUAUUUUUUUAGCUGACAUGCUUUUCAAUAUAAGUUGGAAGAGAACCCACAUCAAAGGAUGCAAAUGGAAUAGAAUGAUUUUGCUCAAGACUGGCUGUUCUUGUUCCUCUGUUUAGGUGGUGAUUUGCUUGCAUGGUGCUUUGCUGAUCCAGCAGUGCGCAAUAUGCAUAGUGCAUUAUUUACUGGGUGGAAGGUCAAUACGGGACUAACAUUUUUGUUUGUACCAACUUCUCAUACAUGUGUCAUGUCAAUUAUUGCCCUGCCUCUCUCUGGAACUGACAAAACUACCAUGGGUAUGGGGGUGUGGCAAUAAAAUCUCCUCUCAUGUGAGGGAUGGGGGCUCAAUAAUUUAGCCCCUCUCUAGUACCGUGAGUGAAAAUGUCAGAGACAACUCAGGGAUUCACAAAAAGGGCAAGAAGGGUGGGUUAGGUAGUUCUUAUUUCAUGAUAGGAAUUAUGUUUUACCUAAUGUUAUGGUUUUGUGAUUGAUUAGUUUUCAAAUAAUCCAGCUAAGAAGCUAUUUCCAGCUAUUUCUACUUUUGAUUAAGUUUUAAUAAUUUUUGUCGCACACACUGAAUAUUUCUUUUUAAAUUCAUUCAGGUCCAUCAAGCUAGGGAAGCUGGUGUGAUUGGACCACCAAUUUUAAAUGAGAACUCCAAUGGCCUUGGAGGCUCCUCCACCUCAGCUGUUCUCAAUGUACACAGCCACACUGAAGACAUUUAAAUCAAAAUAAUUAUGAAGAAAAUACUUUGGUUGUAUGAAAUAUACAGGUAAAAGAAAACACCAGCCAUAGAUUAAGGUAGUUUGAGACACAAAUUAAUUUUGUGUUCAAAUAAAAUUGGAUGGAGGGUUCGAAUUAGCUUGAAUUUAUAGUUUGACAAGGGAAAGUCUCAAUGAAAAGUUAUUAAAUUGGUUGAACAUGAAGAGCUGUCAGAUUGGUUUGCAUAGAACAUGGCCAAUGGGUGAAUCGUGGAAGUGUCAGUGGAGUCCAAGAUUCUCCAGAUGAUAUGACUUUCAUCUCUUGGAGUUUGUUAUUUUUACCUUUGUCUCUAUGUGUAGACCUAAGAUAGGCCUUGUUAUUCUUUUUCCUCCAAUACCUCAGAGGAAUUGUUGAAAAAGGCAAGAAUUUUACAAUCUUGCAAUUCAACUUUUCUUCCUGGGUAUGAGUCAAAGCAAUAAAGAAAUACAGGGAAUGUGUCAUAGAACUUAAGGUUGAAACUCUUUUGUAGUAUACUGGCAACUCUAGACAAGAUCAUUGUACUUAAAUACCAACACAUUUUGAGUUGCGGCAAACCAAAGGCUUCACUUAAAUGGAUUGAAUCACAGUUGAAACAACAGUGAAACAUGAGAGAAGUGCGCCCCCUUAAUGAAAUUUGGCCACGUAUUUUAAUGCUAUGCAUUAAAACAAAAAGGAAAAAGUACUCGCGAGG